UAAAUGCCGCCUGCCCUGUGCCGGGCAGGCGACUAGCGAGGAGACCCGCGCGCGGGGGCCUGAGCGGCGGCGCCUGCGCAGUGCGGCCCGCGGGGGCAGCAUGGACGACGAGGAGGAGACGUACCGCCUGUGGAAGAUCCGCAAGACCAUCAUGCAGCUCUGCCACCACCGCUGCUACCUGGUGACGCAGGACGAGCUGGACCAGACGCUGGACGAGUUCAAAGGGCAGUACGGCGACAAGCCCAGCGAGGGGAGGCCGAGGCGCGCCGACCUCACGGUGCUGGUGGCUCACAAUGACGACCCCACCGAUCAGAUGUUCGUCUUCUUCCCCGAGGAGCCCAAGGUGGGGAUCAAGACCAUCAAGCUGUACUGCCAGAGGAUGCAGGAGGAGAACAUCACCAGAGCCCUCAUCGUGGUGCAGCAGGGCAUGACGCCGUCCGCGAAGCAGUCCCUGGUAGACAUGGCUCCCAAGUACAUCUUGGAGCAGUUCCUCCAGCAAGAGCUGCUGAUUAACAUCACUGAACAUGAGCUGGUUCCAGAGCACGUGGUCAUGACAAAGGAAGAAGUCACUGAGCUGCUAGCCAGAUAUAAGCUGAGAGAGAACCAGCUGCCAAGGAUACAGGCUGGAGAUCCCGUGGCCAGAUACUUUGGGAUAAAGCGAGGGCAGGUGGUCAAGAUCAUACGGCCUAGUGAGACAGCAGGUCGAUACAUCACCUACCGACUGGUGCAGUAGUGUGCAGGGCGUCAGGAAGCGAUGUGGGAAGCUUGGACAAAACCCUGAACAAUACACUGCACCAGGGGUGUCAGACAUGGCUGUGGGCUGGAUCUGACCUGCAGAGCCGUUCCAUCUGGCUCACUGGGCUCCCUGGCAGGAGUGGGGCCUGAGCCCCACUAGGUACUGUCCUUGGCAGCAGGAGGGUGAGCAAAGGCUAUGUUGACACAGUCCUUGCUUGUCUGGUGGGGACGUGGCUCUGCUGCCACUGAACCCCUGCCACCACCUGAUUUGAGCCCUGUGGUCUGGAUCCAGCCUGGAGCAAAGAUGACAACCCUGCACUAUAUGGAACAGUUCUGCAGUGACAAGGAUGGACCAGAUGGGACCUGAUUGGUCUUGUCCCUCAAUAUCCACUACCUGUUAAGCUUUCCAUUGUAAGACGGAGGACAAGUGUGAGGUGCCUUGGGCUGGGCGUAGAGCACCAAGUGUCUGCAGAAGCUCAGCAGAGGCAGGAGUGAGAUGUUCCAAAUGCUGCUCUUUCUCUUGAGAGAAAUCCCAGAUUCUCUUU